UAAAGAUUAAAAGAUUGGUAUUUAUUUUAUAAAAAUUUUAAAUUUUAAUCUUAAUAUUUAUAGUUAAAAUCGAAUUAUUACAGUUUUACAACAGAUAGAACAGAUAGCGGAAAUCCUAUGUUGAUUGAAACUUUUGGUUUUACAAAAGACCCUCGAGUGGAUGGAUUAGAUAGUUAUAUAUUAGUUAUGGAAUAUGCUCCAAUUGGAGAUUUACAUAAUUAUCUACAAAUGAACUUUACAAUAAUUGAUUGGAGAGAAAAAAUUUUUAUUCUAUAUAAUCUUACAAUUGGGUAUUUAAAUUUUAGGCAUAUUGGUAAAUGAUUAAUUUAUAAUACAAAUUUAUUAAUUAUUACUAUUUUAGACUUCUGAGUAUUCAUGAUACAAAUCUCAUACAUCGAGAUUUACACAGUGGAAAUAUGUUGAUAACUGGCUAUGAUUGUAAAAUCGGAGAUCUAGGAUUAUCACAAUCUGCAAAUGAUACCUUAUUGGAUAAUGAAAUUUAUGGAGUGAUACCUUAUAUUGCACCAGAAAUAUUUAUGGGGUCAGCAUUUUCUAAAGAAUCUGAUAUUUAUAGUCUGGGUAUGAUUAUGUGGGAACUUACAACAGGUUGUAAGCCUUUUGCUAAUGUUGAACAUGGUAUUGAUCUAAUUAUCAAAAUUAUUGAUGGUGCACGACCUGAAAUUACAGAAGAUACAAUAGAAUGGUAUGCUAAUUUAAUGAAAAGUUGUUGGGACCCUGAUCCCAAAAAAAGACCUUCUAUAGAUAUCAUUAAAGAUAUUUGUAAAAAAUGGGACAAACGAGAAUAUGAUGGUCAAGUUGAUCAAGUUGAUCAAGCUGACUUAAAAAGGAAAAAGUUGAUAGAUUCAAAAAAGCUUGGUCCUGAGUUUAGUGAAAAGUCUCAUCCAAAUGCUAUUUAUACAAGUAAAUUAUUAAGUUCUUACAUUUCUAAAUGCUCAUCUAUAUUUUCUAAAUGUUCAUCUAUCAAUUCUUCAUCAAAAGAUUACAUUUCAAACGAGUUAGAAUUUUGACAUAGACAUUAAAAGGUAUUUAAAAUUAAAAAUAUUUGAUAAGUAAUUUAUAA